UCCCUCUUCAAUAAAAGCUCAUAAAUUCAGUACUGGAUAUUGGAUAAACACAGUUAAAGAAGUGUUCCAAAGGAUUUUUUUUUUUUUCUUUUUUGUUUUUUAAAGUGCUCGGUUUCCCUGCAAAGCUGCAACAGUGUUUCGUCUCUUUCUUGCAGGCAAAUAUAGCAAGUAAAAAAUCAAACUUUGAUUUUGACUCGAACUUUUUUCUUUUUAACCUUCUCUAUUCAAAAUCUCUCUCUUUCUCCUUCUUGAGAAACAGGACAUGAAUUUUUCUAGUCUGUUACUCCUGCCCAUGUGGGCAUUGUUUAGCACAUCUUUGUUUUUCUUGGUUGAUACCAGACCAGAGUCAACAACACUCUCCACCAGUUCUGGGGCUGCCUUUCUUGUUAACAAGGAACCCAUUUCUUCGUUUUCUUCAGAAAUGGAAGCUCAAUCUCCAGGGGUGCCUCUGACUGCUGUGGUUAAAGUAGUACACCAUCAAGAUUUGAACAAGAGAAUCCUCAUAGCACUAAUUGUUGCCUCCUCUCUUCUUGGGGGAAUCUUGCUGUUUCUGUCAUGUUUUUGGAUCUACAAAAUGAAAAACUCUAAAAACUGUAGUGGCAAAAGCAAACAAAAUUUUGAUUCUGCAAAUGGGCAUUCACUGAGUCCAAUUCUGGAUAAAUUUAAUUCCUCAAGGAUGGUUGGUAAGAAAGGUUCAAUUACUUGGGUGGAAUAUAAGUUGUUAGAAGCUGCAACGAACAAUUUCCGGGAAAAUAGUCUAUUGGGUGAAGGUGGUCAUGGACGUGUAUAUAAAGCUCAUUUUGAUGACAAGGUACUAGCAGCUGUUAAAAAAUUGGAGGGUGGAGGACAGGACAUUCAAAGAGAAUUUCAGAAUGAGAUGAAGUGGUUGACAAAGAUUCAGCACCAGAACAUAAUUUCUCUUUUGGGUUACUGCAUUCACGGCGACACAAAGUUUCUUGUGUAUGAAAUGAUGCAAAAUGGGUCUCUGGAAAGUCAAUUGCAUGGACCAACUCAUGGAUCAGCUUUAACAUGGCAGCUGCGGUUGAAAAUUGCUGUUGACAUUGCAAGAGGACUAGAAUAUCUUCACGAGCAUUGUAAUCCUCCUGUCGUCCAUAGAGAUAUAAAGUCAUCAAACAUUCUUCUAGAUUCCAACUUCAAUGCCAAGCUUUCAGAUUUUGGCCUUGCUGUAACUUCUGGGGUUGAAAACAAAAACAUAAAGCUUUCUGGGACUUUAGGCUAUGUUGCCCCAGAGUACCUUUUGGAAGGUAAAUUAACCGAUAAAAGUGAUGUCUAUGCCUUUGGAAUUGUCCUUCUAGAGCUCCUCAUGGGAAGAAGACCAGUGGAAAAGUUAUCAGAGGAUCAACAUCAGUCUAUAGUAUCAUGGGCCAUGCCUCAGCUUACUGACAGAUCAAAGCUUCCGAAUAUCGUGGACCCUGUAGUCAAGGACACUAUGGAUUUGAAACACUUGUAUCAGGUAGCUGCGGUUGCAGUACUAUGCAUACAACAAGAACCAAGCUAUAGGCCAUUGAUAACGGAUGUCUUGCAUUCACUCAUCCCUCUCGUACCUCUCGAGCUUGGAGGUUCGCUAAGGAUUACAGAGCCUCUGCCUCCUGCCCUGCAUUCUGACCAAUGAUGAUGGAAUAUGCAGAUAUGUUUCUGUUCUUUUAAGAUCAUUCUUUCUGAUGACUGUUUCCUUAGUAGAAUUUACAGGAAUUUUUUGUCUUUUUGUUUUUUUGUCAUACAGUUGUAAAUUGAUAUUAAUAUGAUUUAUCCAUAUAUUGCUAAGUCAAAUUAAGUCUUUCUUGUUAUAAAAUUAGGAGGGAAAAAAAAGAAAAAAGGUAGGGUAAUGAUUUUCAUCAAGCAUUUUCUAUGUCAACAAGAAACUUGAUUCUUAUCACUUUAUUUUCAAAUUAGGUAGGUCACAGGUUUAAUGACACAGCAAUAAAUUGUGGCCCUUUCCAUGAUGGGGAUAAAUCAUGUGGUCACCACUGUCCUUUCACUUAAAGAAAUUAGGGUUUUUAAUUUAAUUCAUUGAUA